AUGGAGACGAAAAUCAAGAGAACACUCAGCCAUCACAGCGACCGGGUCCGCGAGGGCGACGCCAUCAGCCCCGCAGUGUUUGUGCAGGUCAUGAACUCGCUGGUUGUGCGCCCCGGCAGUGCGAGCGGCGAGCGCGCCGUCGUCGGCAUCCUGCUGACCUACACCAGCCCGGUCAGCCGCGCGUACGACUCCGUCCGCACGCCCGCCUGCGCCGCCGCCGCCGCUGCCGCGGCCGUGCGCGCGGACGCGGACGCCGUCGUCGCGGGCGCAUAUGCUGCAGGCGGACGCGGAAGCGGCAUCGACUGGCUCGAGGCCCGGACGCGCGUGCUGCAGCUCAACCGGAUUGUCAGGGAGACCUUCUGCUGCGGCGGCAACGCCGUGGUGCCCGCCGCGGCCGCCGUGAUGGCAACGCCCGGCGCGCCCGAGGCGCUGCUCCGCGCCGGGCUGCUGCCGCGCGAGGCUCUGGUGCAAAUUGACGCGCCGAGCAGCAGUCCGUAUUCGCAGGAGGGGGACCAUUUCUGGACGUUUGUGCGGCUGGCGCAGGUUUUCAUCGACGGCGAGGGGGACGCCGCCGAAGGCGCGCUGCAGCUGGACGCCGAUGGCCGCGCCGCGCUCGCCGCGUGGGCGGCAGUGCAGUCGCGCAUCGCGGCGCCGCUCGUCGACGUAGUCUGCGCGCGCCUCGCGGGGGAGCCAGAGCGCGCGGAUCCCGCCGCGGUGCUUGCCGGGCUGCUGCUGCGCCGCGGGGACGACCCAGAGGCAGGAACGCCGCUCGCCGCCGCUUUGGACCUCGCCAAGCACGCGCUCGCGUUCCUCGGCCGCCCCGCCCGCUGGGCCGUCGCCGGCGGCGGCGUCCCCGCGGCCGCGGCCGCCUCAAGCCAGGAGAUGCUCAUGCACGAGGCCGCUGCGCUGUGCUCGGCCUCCCAGGCGCAAGAUGCCGAGGCUGCGGCGGACCUGCUCUGGGAUGUCGAGGCGUGGGCGGCAAGGGAGUGGGCAGAGUGCGGCGGCGGCGACAGCAGCAGCGACUGCGACGGCGCCCGCGACGGCGCGCGAGGAGGGGGUGCCGAGACGGCGCGCGCGGAGGGCACCCAGGGCGCUGAGGGGGCGCGGCUGCACCUGUGCCGCGGGUGCCGCCUGGCGUGGUUCUGCUCUGACAAAUGCUACAAGGGCUACUGGCCGGCGCACAAAGCGGCAUGCCGCGAGGAGCAGGCGCGGCGGGCGGGGCAGGCGGCGCCCAAGACGGGGCACGGUUAA